CUCACCACGAUUCGAUGAUGCCACGCACAUCGUAAGGGACGAUAUAAGUGUGAAUUACCACGUUACCGGUUGUAGUAGAGGACUUGACAAGAUGAUAUAUAAAGUGUGUAUUCUGUUAGCCAUUUCAUCCACCGUGUUUUGUGAUGAAAUUAAGAAUGAUGAAGGUGUACUUGUUUUCACAAAAGAUAACUUCAGAACGGGUGUAAAGGAUAACGAAUUUGUUCUUGUUGAAUUCUAUGCGCCAUGGUGUGGCCACUGCAAAUCUCUGGCUCCAGAAUAUAUAAAGGCAGCAAAGAAGUUAGCUGACCAAGAGUCUGCAAUUAAACUAGCCAAAGUAGAUGCAACCGAAGAAACCGAACUUGCAGAAGAGCAUGGUGUGAAGGGUUAUCCCACACUCAAGUUUUUCCGCAAUGGAUCCCCAAUUGAUUAUUCUGGUGGUCGAACAGCUGAUGAGAUUGUGAGUUGGCUGUUGAAAAAAACUGGUCCUGUUGCAGCAGUCCUUGCUUCUGUUGAUGAUGCUAAAGGGUUUAUUGAUGCAAGCACUGUUGCAGUCGUCGGUUUCUUUAAGGACAAUUCAUCAACAGCUGCAAAGAACUUCCUAGCAGUAGCUAAUGCAGUUGAUGACUAUCCAUUUGGCAUAACAUCAACAGAUGAUGUCUUCAGCGAGUACAGUGUUGAUGGUGAGACAGUUGUCCUGUUUAAGAAGUUUGAUGAGGGCCGUGCUGACUUAGAAGGUGAAAUUACUGAGAAGAAUAUUAAGAAGUUUGUGACAUCACAAUCCCUGCCUCUGGUUGUUGACUUCAAUCAUGAAACAGCACAGAAAAUCUUUGGUGGUGAGAUAAAGAGUCACCUCCUCAUGUUCCUGUCACAACAAGAUGGUCAUAUAGAUAAAUACUUAGAAGGUGCUCGUGAAAUUGCCAAGGAAUUCAGAGAACAGGUUUUGUUCGUAUCCAUCAAUUCCGAUGAAGAGGAUCAUCAACGAAUCAUUGAAUUCUUUGGAAUGAAGAAGGAUGAGAUUCCAGCAAUGAGACUGAUUCGUCUAGAAGAGGACAUGGCUAAAUAUAAGCCCCAGAAACCUGAACUGACGAAAGAUAACAUCAAGUCAUUUGUACAAGACUUCAUUGAUGGGAAACUUAAACAACACUUGUUAUCACAAGAUCUUCCGCAGGAUUGGGAUAGCUCACCAGUGAAAGUUCUGGUCUCCAGCAACUUUGAUGAAAUCGCAUUCAACAAGGAUAAGGAUGUGUUGGUGGAAUUCUAUGCACCUUGGUGUGGACACUGCAAACAGUUAGCUCCCAUAUAUGAUCAGCUGGGGGAGAAGUUCAGAGACAGUGACACUGUUGUGAUAGCAAAGAUGGAUGCCACAGCAAAUGAAUUGGAGCACACUAAGAUUACCAGCUUCCCCACACUAACACUCUAUACAAAGGGCGAAAAUAAGGUUAUUCAGUAUAAUGGAGAACGAACAUUAGAAGGAUUGUCAAAGUUCCUGGAAUCCGGUGGAGAGGAUGGACAGGCAGCUCCAGAUGAGGCUGAAGAGGAGGAUGAAGAUGACGACCUUCCUCGAAAGGAUGAGUUGUAGAUACUGUUUGGAGUGAUACGAGCAGACUGUUUGCAUAUUAUUCAGAAGUUUGUACAAGUGGUGUACAGUGGUAAAAUCCUUCAAAACCAAAUAUUCCAAAGCAUCAGGACCAGACAACAGAACAGCACACUUGAGUGUUUGCUGUAUUUGUACCAUGAUAUUUGUGGCUUUUGGGACAGGAUAUUUCUUUUUGUUAUACUCCAUUGUACUGCAGUUGCGAUUGUUUCUUCCAACCUUUAUAAAAUAUAAGAUCUAUUCUUCCUUUACAUCGCAGUCAGUGUUGGAAAUGUACUGUUGAUUUACAAGGGGAAGUCGGUAAUUAUCCUCCAAUGCAGUUGUAUUUGUGUUUCUAUUGGCAGCACUGUCAUUUUGCGCAGCAUCGCUAUGCGUGGCUUCCAUCUUAUUAUUUCUGAGCAGGCUUGAUGUUGGUAGGUCAGUUCCAUAAUGACUGCCUUGCCAUUAAUCAUGGCUGCUCCGCAUUCUGUUUGCACCAAAGAAGAGUGAAGUUCAGUGAUUGGAAGGUUCAUCGGGGUCCACAGCCCAUCAGAGACUUUUGGUACAAUAUGGGAAUUGUGUUUUGCUCCAACAGAGUGUCUAUGAAUGGACUGAACAAUUAAAAAAUGGUCGCAUGAGGAAGGAGCCAGACGCCCAUCCAUGGCCACAAAUGAGGACAACAUUGAGCAUGCAUGUGACCGGCAAGUGACUGUUGAUGAAGGGGCAAAUCGUAUGCAAAUUAAUGAUGGUUCUGCCUUCAAAAUCAUCCACAACAGACUUGGGUUUCAUAAAGUCUGUUCAAGAUAGAUACCAAAACAGUUCACAGUGUUGCAUAAACAAACACGCUUGGACAUCUGGCAACAACAUAUGGAUCACUAUGGUAAUGAACGUGACGCCUUCUUAGACAGAAUCAUCACUGGUGACAAAAUAUGGAUCCAUCAUUAUGAGCUGGAGAGUAAAUAGCAGAGUAUGGAAUGGAAAGAUUCACAUUUGCCUAGCAAGAAAGAGUUCAGAAGCCAACCAUACGCAGGAAAACUAAUGCUUACAGUUUUUUUGGGACUCUCAGAAGGCCCAGUGCUGGAACAUUAUCAGGAAAGGGUCACAAUAAACAGUGCUUAUGAGAUGCUUACUGACUGGCUAAAGCUGCAAUUCAAAGCAAAUGCCAAGGACUACGGUCAAAAGGUGUUGUGUUGUUGCAUGACAGUGCCUGCCCACACUACUGAAACCCUCGGGAAACUGAAGUUUGAUGUUAUGGCUCAUCCUCCAUAUAGUCUCUAUCUUGCCCCCUCUGACUGUCACUUGUUUGGUCCACUCAGAGAGGCAUUAACCAUUUCCAGUCGUCACUUUUGGAAAACUUUCUGCAGCCAUGUCAUCAAGGGAUUUUAAAUUCCUGCAGAGUCACUAUUAGGCUAUUAGGGACGAACAGCCUUAACACAUUAAAGACCGGUUGCAUGAUAUCAUGCUUUUUGCUUUUAAACGUGGCGGACCGGUCGCAUGAUAUCAUGAUUUUAGGACACGUUAGCUUGCAACACACUAUACCUUGCUCUUUUGCUGCGCACCUGCGUGGCUAUUGAGCAACAGACCUCUGGAAUGUUUGCUUAAUAUUCAGGAACGUGACCUUACUGGUUUUUUUAACCCACUCUAAAUAAAAAUGCUUUGCCUGUCUUCAAGUUGUAUGUAUGAGCCAGUAGUUAGUGGUGGAGUAUGGAUCAAGGGCAAAUUCCUCUCCAAUGAGCUAGCUUACAUGGCUUGUGAGACGCGUAGUGAUGGUGACUCAGACAGUGGCAGUGACAGGGGACAACAAAGAUUUGUGG